ACUUUAAGACUUAGUAAUCGAGGAGGCAGGAACCCGUAGGCAAGCAGGAGCUGGGUGGGGACCAUGGCCGGGAUCACCACCAUCGAGGCGGUGAAGCGCAAGAUCCAGGUUCUGCAGCAGCAGGCCGAUGAUGCAGAGGAGAGGGCCGAGCGCCUCCAGCGGGAAGUGGAGGGAGAAAGACGGGCCCGAGAACAGGCUGAGGCUGAGGUGGCCUCCUUGAACCGUAGGAUCCAGCUGGUUGAAGAGGAGCUGGACUGAGCUCAGGAGCGCCUGGCCACUGCCCUGCAAAAGCUGGAGGAAGCUGAGAAAGCUGCUGAUGAGAGUGAGAGAGGUAUGAAGGUUAUUGAAAACCGAGCCUUAAAAGAUGAAGAAAAAAUGGAACUCCAGGAAAUCCAACUCAAAGAAGCUAAGCACAUUGCAGAAGAGGCAGACAGGAAGUAUGAAGAGGUGGCUCGUAAGUUGGUGAUUAUUGAGGGAGACUUGGAGCGCACAGAAGAGCGAGCUGAGCUGGCAGAGUUCUGUUGCCGAGAGAUGGAUGAGCAAAUCAGACUGAUGGACCAGAACCUGAAGUGUCUGAGUGCUGCUGAAGAAAAGUACUCUCAAAAAGAAGACAAAUAUGAGGAAGAGAUAAAGAUUCUUACCGAUAAACUCAAGGAGGCAGAGACCCGUGCUGAGUUUGCUGAGAGAUCGGUAGCCAAGCUGGAAAAGACAAUUGAUGAUUUGGAAGAUAAACUGAAAUGCACCAAAGAGGAACACCUCUGUACACAAAGGAUGCUGGACCAGACUCUGCUUGACCUGAAUGAGAUGUAGAGCACCCCAGCCCCGCCCUGCCGCUGCUCCUCCCUCUCACCUCGACUCCGCUGGGGCCAGCCUGCCCAAAGCUGACCUUUAAACUGAGGGCUGAUCUUUAACUGGAGGGCUGCUUUCUCCUUUCGCCACCUCUCCCACCCCCCUACUCCUGUGUCCUUUUCGCCAAACUGUCUCUGCCUCUCCCCAGAGAUUCCAGUUGGGCUAGAGGCUGAGCACCUUUGGGAACAAUGUUUAAGGGAAUGUGAGCACAAUGCAAAGUGUCUUUAAAAGCAUGUUGUGAUGUACACAUUUUGUAAUUACCUUUUUUGUUGUUGAUGUAACAACCAUUUGUAAAAAAACAUUCCAGAUAAUUCCGUAGUUCUGAAGCAGCAGUCUAAUCCCUUUCUCACUUUUGGAAGGUAACAUUUCAGCUUAAUGCAUAUUGCCUUCUCCAGAGAGAAAGGGAAAAGGUUUGGGCCUGCCUUACUGAGAGCCUAGCAGCCCAGAGAAAGGCUCUAUUUGGGGAAACCUCAUUGCCCUGUAAAAAGUACCUGCCAAACCAGAAAGAUGAUUCCAGGAGGAGUUAGCAAAAAAAAAAAAAAAAAGUGCUGUUCAGGUUUUCAGCUUUAUAGUAUCUUUGGACAACCUUUUUUUUUUUUUUUCUUUUUUCAUCAGAAGUGACCAAACAAUUAAGAUGGUGAAACCUCUGAGAUGAAAUCCUUGUCCCAGCUCUACCCUGUUCCCAACUGCUCACAGAAUGGAUCAUGUGCCCCUUAUGUUGAAGUGACCACUUAUUUGCUCUCCUGCCUCCUUGAAAGAAAGGAAGGAAAAUUAUGUUUUGCCACUGAUUUAGCCAUAUGAAACUCAUCUCAUCACCUUUUUCUGGGUCUGAAGCUGCUGUCUCUAAAAGUGCCAUCUCAUUGUGCUUUGUAUCGGUUAGUGCUGGAGAAAUCUUGAAAAGCAUAUGUACAAAACUUU